AUGGGUUCCCAGGGAGAGCUGGAUGUUCGUCAAAUCAAUGGGCAUUCCUCCGAUGAGGAGAAGGAGGAGCAGCAAAAAGAACCCUGGCCGGAAGACCACAGUAGUUCAAGUGACUACUCCAGUGAUUACUCCGACUGGACAGCCGACGCAGGGAUCAACCUUGAGCCGCCUAAGAAGAGUGUAAGAGUGAAAAAGAAAAGCAGCAGCUCAGAGGAAGACGGAGAGAAGAAGAGGGACGGGAAGAAGGAUAGAAAGAAGGACAAGGUCGACAAAGACGACGAAGUACCAAAGAAGAAGCAGCCAAAGGAGAAGAGGAAGAGGUCAGAUCUCCAGGAGCAAGGGCUAACUCUGGAGGAGUGGCUUCCCUCCGCCUGGAUCACGGACACGGUCCCCCGCAGAUGUCCUUACAUACCCCAGAUGGGAGACGAGUUAUACUACUUCAGACAGGGCCACGAGGCCUACGUGGAGAUGGCCAGACAAAAAAAGAUUUACAGCAUCAACCCUAAGAAGCAGCCCUGGCAAAAGAUGGAGCUACGGGUAAGGAACUGAUUAUUUUAAACUUUAGUAUUGUUUGAAGAAGCAAAACAUAA